CUUUGCAGAAGUCUUCUUAGAUAUCUUGAAGUACCCUAUAUAUGUUUCAAACAGGCAAAUCAAAAAGAUUUGUGCAUCAAAUGACCAUUAUUUUGAACUUUGCCCCUUCACCUUAUUGUUUAAAAAUGGUAGAAUUAAAAGAAGAGAAAUUACACUGCAUUAGAUAUUCACUCAUGUUGUAACUUGAUCCUGCUAAACAUUUAAACAUUUGUUUUCAGAUCAUUUGUUGAGAAUGUUAAUCUUUCAUUAUUUUGUGAUAUCACACAUACUCGACAGAAGAGAUCCGAUUAUCAGACAGCUUGAUUUUUAUGAUAGCAGUGCAUUUACUGCUCUGUCAAUGAUUGAUCCGCUGUUAGAUGGGAUUUCUAUGAGGGCCUUGUUUCUUUUUACACAUUUAUUACUAAGCUGAACUGAUAGCACAUCUCUGUCAUUCAGUUGUUUUCUUACUGUGGUUUAAACAUGAAGCACAGGGCAGCAACAUACACUUGCCUUUUUCUUUUCCACAUCUUAAAUCUCUUUGGCUUUCAAGGCAGAUGUGAGAAAACACACAAAGUGAUUGAAUAUAAUGUAGAUGAAGAUAAAGUGGAUCUUUUUGAUAUCAAUGAAGCUGCUGGCAUUGAUCUUUUCGAGGGAGAUAUUUUAUACGAUGAGAAAUUGGGGAGAAAUUCAAUCAUUGGAGAUGAAUACAGAUGGCCAAAAACCAUUCCAUAUUAUCUUGAGGAUGAUUUGGAGAUAAAUGCUAAAGGGGUCAUUCUGAAGGCCUUCGAACAGUAUCGGCUGAAAUCAUGCAUCGAUUACAAACCGUGGACUGGAGAAGAAAACUAUAUAUCUGUGUUUAAAGGCAAUGGAUGUUUUUCCUCAGUGGGGAAUCGGCAAGUUGGCAAACAGAGGCUGUCCAUUGGCAGUGGUUGUGAUCGUAUCGCAACUAUUGAACACGAGUUCCUUCACGCUUUAGGCUUCUGGCAUGAGCAGUCCCGUUCUGACCGCGAUGACUAUGUCUCUAUCAUUUGGGACCGCAUUACUGAAGGCAAGGAACAUAACUUCAACAAAUACAAUGACACCACAUCCAGUGCUUUGAACGUUCCCUAUGACUAUGGUUCAAUGAUGCACUACAGCAAGAAAGCUUUCCAGAACGGUACAGAGUCCACCAUAGUCACCAAAAUCCCCGCCUUCAGUGAUGUUAUUGGCCAGCGUAUGGAGUUCAGCGAUAGCGACGUCCUCAAACUCAACAGACUCUACAACUGCACUCGCUCCAGCACAUUCCUGGAUUCGUGUGACUUUGAGUCAGAGAAUAUCUGUGGAAUGAUCCAAACUCAUGAUAAUAAUAAUAAGACAAACUGGCAACGUCUUUCCAAAGCUACAGGUGGACCGGACACUGACUACACCCACAUGGGAGGCUGUGAAGGAAGGGGUUAUUUCAUGCACUUCAGCACAGUGGGUGGGAAGCAGGGGGACAAGGCGCUGCUGGAGAGCAGGCUUCUUUACCCCAGAAGAGGAUACCAGUGCCUGAACUUCUUCCUCUACAACAGCGGUCAUGUCAGCGACCAGCUCAAGAUCUGGGUGCGAGAAUUCGACCAGGCCAACUCUAAUGGGACGCUGCAUCUCAUUGAACAGAUACAUGCUCCCCCUGAUGACCAAUGGCAACUUCACCAUGUGAGCCUGAAUGUUUCCAAAAAGUUUCGUGUGGUGUUCGAGGGAAGUAAAGGUAACGGGAACAUGGGUGGACUUUCAUUGGAUGACAUCAACCUUUCAGAGACCACUUGCCCAGAGCACAUAUGGAGGAUUAAGGACUUCAAAAGAGUUCUGGAGGACACGCCGAUGGGCACUGCCAUUUACAGUCCACGCUUUAAAUCGAAGGAUGGUUACACCUUUCAAAUGGGCUUAUAUCCCAAUGGUACGACUGGAUACCAAGGGGAAUUGGGUGCCUUUACCCACUUAACAUCUGGGGACGAUGCAGACGACGAAAGUCUGGUUUGGCCUCCUAGCUGGAAGCAGAUAACCAUGAUGCUAAUGGACCAAAAUGCAGACGUUCGUAGACGUAUGUCCAACCAGAGGAGUGUAACAACUGACCCUACAAUGACUCUGGAAGGGUCUGAAAUGUUUUUCUGGGACAAUCCACGCAAAGUUGGACAGAAAGUUACAGAUGACAUUGGGACUGAGUACUUUCGUGGUCCAGGAGCUGGAACAUAUGCAUACCUGACCCAGGCCAGAGCCCUGACCCGAGACUUCAUUAAGGGUGGAGAUGCCAUCUUUCUCCUCACAAUGGAGGAUAUCUCCCAUCUAGUUGUUUCCCAGCCUUUGCCCUCCGCAACUCCAACUAAUUCAACUCCUGCUGAAACACCAACUCCUACAAAUUCAGACAACAGUUCAUCCACCACAAGCACACCCACUGUCCCAUAUGACCCGUGUGUGUCUCUGCAAUGUGAAAAUGAUGGCGUGUGUAUGGCGAAUGAAGCUGGAGAUGCUGUAUGCAGGUGCGCAGUGGGUAAUGACUGGUGGUACUACGGUAACAAGUGUCAGUUCAAGAGCUCAGUCAAAAACAACAUCAUAACAGCUGUAACAGCGUCUGCUAUUGUGUUUGUUGUCAUGCUGUUUCUGACAGUACUCAGUGUGCUGUAUGUGAAGAAGUCAUCUAAGAGAAAACUCAAGCUUACUGGAGAGGGAAUCACCAUGCAAAACAUGUACACAUAUAAGGCCUGAUCAUAUCAAUAACGGGACACCUUUGACGUCUCAUCCAGUGCAUUUGUAAUUCUUUGAUUCAGUUUUACUUCGACAGGUCGUAUAUGUACAGCUACUGUUUAAAUCCCCUUGGGCGUCAUCUUUUUAGGUUUUUGUUGUGGUGUACAGAAGGUCACUUUUUCCCAAACAAAUACCGUAUUCUCAACAAGUGAUGUACUUUAAGCUGACUGUUUAAAGAACAGAUUUUUUAUGUAAAUACAAGCGUUUGCCACUGUCUGAACUACAUGUAUUACGAGUUUAGAACGCCUAAAAGAAAAGUCUCAGAAUGCCACAAACACAAGAACCUUCACUCUCAGUUGACUUGAAACAAUCACAACCUUCAAAAACAGCUGAGGACAGCGCUGGUUAUAUGAUUUCUUAUCAGGUCAGUAAUUUAUGACAUGGCAUUCUGGAAUACUUGAUUCUGAUUGGUCAGUGAGAUGU